AUGGGCUCCUCCAUCAUCGACAUCCAGCGCGACAUUAUCCUCAACACGAUCCGCAAUGUCGUCGGCAAUGACUGGAAAGUUUUGGUGGUGGACGAGGCCAGCCGAAAGCUGAUCAACAGUGCUGUGAAAAAUGAAGAGAUUCUCAAUUUGAAUGUCUCUAACAUCGAACAAAUCGAAAACCGCCGGCAGCCCAAUCCGGACAUGAAUGCGCUAUACAUAUUGUCGCCGCAGUCAUGGAUUAUCGAUUGCUUGAUGGCCGACUUCGAGGUUGGACGAUACAAGAAGGCAUACCUGGUUUGGACCUCAUUCCUCGACCCCCAGCAGCGUCAACGUCUUGAUCGAUCUGAAAUGGCGCGCAAUCACAUCGCUGACUACCGGAUCUUGAACAUCGACUUUUAUCCUCGAGAAUCACACCUGGUCACCUUCCGCGAUCCCUGGAGCUUCCCGAUGUUGUUCCACCCAGCCUGCAACGGAUUGGUUCGCAAACAUCUUGAAGAAUUGGCUCAGAAGAUUGUCUCUCUCUGCGCCUGCCUGGGUGAGUAUCCCGUUAUUCGGUACUACCGUCCGCGUGCCCCGACCCACGAAGCCGGCGUGCUAUGCUCCCACCUCGCCCGUUUCAUCCAAACGGGACUUCCCCCUCCCUCGAAUCGACCUCGUGGAGUGCUACUUGUUGUCGACCGUUCGAUGGACGUUUUCGCGCCACUUCUCCAUGAGUUCACAUAUGGGGCCAUGGUUUUCGACCUGUUGCCGGUCAAGGAUGGAGAGAAGAUCACAUACAAAACCCUGCUCAACCAAGGCAAGCCCAACGAGGAGCUGAAAGAAAUGGAGAUUGGUGAGCAGGACAAGGUCUGGGUAGACUACCGGCACAUGCACAUGAAGGAUGUGCUCGAGAAACUUGGCGAUGAUUUUGCCAAAUUCAGAGCAGCAAAUCCACAAUUUGCUGAAGACAAUGAAAAGCUCAGCGUGAAUACGAUCAGAGAUAUGCUGGUUGGCUUGAACGAGUUCACGGAAGGGAAAGACGCGUACACGCUGCAUUUGAAUAUGGCAGAGGAGUGUAUGAAAUUCUUCCAGGAGCGUAAGCUCAUUGAAGUCAGCUCCAUUGAACAGUCCUUUGCAACUGGGCUUGACGAGAACUUCAAGAAAGCAAAAAACUUGGCAGCGCAACUUGUCCAACUGCUAGAUGACGAAUCCGUCAUCCCCCGGGAUCGACUGCGGUUGAUCCUAUUGUAUAUUAUGUACCGUGGCGGUCUACUCGGCGGUGACAUUCGAAAGCUCAUGGCACAUGCCCAGCUUCCAGGACAAGAUGGCCAGGUAAUUGCCAAUCUGGACCUUCUCGGAGUUCGAGUGGAGAAACCACUCAAAGAUGAAAAGCCAGCCGUGCAGCCGUUGUUCAACCGCAAGGCCCCUGCUCCAGAGUCGGAAGAGCUCAGCCUGGCCCGCUAUGAAUUAAAUCUCAAGCAGAUGCUCGAGGAGCAAAUCAAGGGCACAUUGGACUCCACCACUUUCCCUUUCACAAGACCCCACACCGAGACCGAUGGUGGAUCAGCCGCCCAGGAGAUGCUCUCCCAGCAAGCAUCUCUGCGCAGUGCCAAACCAACCUGGGCGCGCACUCGCGCUGUUGAUCAGCCACGUCAGCGCAUGAUUGUCUUCAUGGCCGGUGGUGCCACCCACUCCGAGGCUCGCGCCUGUUACGAGGUCUCGCAGGCUUACAACCGGGAUGUGUUCCUAGCCACUACCCACAUGCUGACCCCGGCGCUCUUCAUCCGUCAAGUUGGGGAUCUCAGCGUCGACAAGCGUCGAUUGGACCUUCCUGCGGAUCGACCUAAGCCCACAGCCCCUGCUCAUCUGUUCGAGAGGAACACACCUUCACCCGCCCCUCCCCAACCACAAAAGAAGCCUGUCCCACCACCGAAUCUCAACCCGCCCGUGGCCCCGGGGGAUAUGAUGGCGAACCUGUCCCUGAAUAGCGGAUCGGCCCCUCCACCGGGUGGCAAGCUUCACAAGAAGGACAAAGAUAAGAAGGAUAAGGACAAGAAAGACAAGGAAAAGAAAUACCGGUUCUUUAAAUAG